GAUCAUGUCUAAAAAUAUUAAGAUAAGCAGAUGCUUAGCUAACUAUCACGAAACAAAUCAGUCAGCACAUAAACACCAUUUCAAUUGUCUCAUUGAUUAAUAUAACAUGGUCGUAUACUUAUCGUCUUGUGUGACAUAAUUCACAAUUAAUCACGUCAUCUUCAAAAUUAUUUCUAUAUAAAUAUGACAGUUUACACUGACGAUUACAUUUCAGCACCAUGCUUCGCAUUUUGGUCGUCUGUUCUCUACUGGUCUCCGUUUACGGAGCAAAUCUUAAAGACGAGUACCAGCUCGAUGGGCGUAUCAUAGGAGGACAUCCAAUUGCUAUUUCCAACGCUCCCUACCAGGCGGCCUAUGAACUGAGCGGACGGCAGAAGUGUGGAGCCAGUGUUAUCAGCAACAACUACGCACUAACGGCUGCUCAUUGCAGCAUUAGGGACGCGGUGAAUCUGGUGAGCAUCCGCGUCGGGACUGCUCUGCGUGCCAGCGGAGGGUCGGUCCACCCGGCGGCCCAAAUCAUCAACCAUUCUCGCUACACCACGAGUCCCGCCACAGACUUCGAUGUCUCUCUUAUCAAGGUGACCGUUCCGUUCGUGUUCAGCGCCAGUGUGAGGCCCAUCUCCCUGGCCAGCGAGGUGCCGGCGGCCGGAAGCAGCGUGGUGACGUCAGGCUGGGGGGCCACCUCGGAGGGGGGAGCCGCUUCCAACCAGCUGCUGCAGGUGCAGGUCGACGUAAUCAGCCACGCCGUGUGCAACCAGGCCUACUCGAACAGGAUCACCAACACCAUGGUGUGCGCCGGGGUGAUGCAAGGCGGGAAAGACACCUGCCAGGGUGACUCGGGCGGUCCGCUCGCGCACGGCAGCCAACUGCUGGGAGUCGUGUCAUGGGGAGCCGGCUGCGCCCGUCCUGGACUGCCGGGCGUGUACGCCAGCGUGCCGGCCCUCAGAGCCUGGAUCAGGGAGAACUCCGGCGUCUGACAACUCCGGGAGUUUUAACAUUCGUGUUUCACAACUCCCCGAGUCCGAAACAAUGUUUCACGAACAUUAAAUUCUGUGUUGUGUCUGAAAUUCCCCCUGUACGUCAGGAACGAAACUGUAAUUUUUUUUUAACAGUAAAACAAUUUGGAAUAUA